UUCUCGUUUUGACGACAUCUAUACUUGAACGGUUUACUCUCCAUAGUACAUACCAUUGUAUACGAACAUGGUAAUUUCAAUUUUAGAGUCGUGCGUUCUUUUAGCGCAUUUUCCCAAUUGAGUUGCGCACGCAGCUUGACCUCACAGAGCUUACCGGCAGGACAACAACAACUGGGAAAAGAAUACAAUAACACUCAGAGAUUAUAGACUGACAAUGUAACAAGAUGUUUAAUUUCCACAAACCGAAAACUUACCGAAGCAGCCAGGGUUGCUGUAUAUGUCGGGCAAAAUCAUCAAGUUCCAGAUUUACUGACAGCAAGAGAUAUGAGUGGGACUUCCCAAAAUGUUUUAGAGUCGAGAAUAGACAAGGAGAGAUUUGUAAUGCGUGUGUUCUACUAGUCAAAAGAUGGAAAAAACUGCCAUUGGGUUCAAAGAGAGAUUGGCAACAUGUGGUAGAUGCAAGGGCUGGCCCAGGUAAUAAAUCCAUGAUGAAGAUCCGAGCCGAAGUUGAAAUCCCGAAGAAGCAUAAACAUCGUUACCAAAAGAAGAUAAAAAUCACGCGAAUGCACACACGACACUCAAUCAUGAACUCAGAGAAACUCGAUGACGGGGUAAAAUCAGAACAAUCCAAAAGAGGUAGUCCAAUCCCAAGUUUAAGUGAGGGUUCUGAUGACUCGAUGGAUGGCUUUGAAUCCGAUGUGUCUGGCAGGAGACGUAAAAUCACACCAACGAAAAAUAAACGAUACAGUUCAUUCCUUGACAUGGCAAUCUGGAAAAAAGCAAAAGUAUGCUGUGGUACGAUAUUCAAAGGUCCAAGUGGAGAAGUAUUAAUAGAUCCUCGAUUUAUACGUCCUUGUAAUGGUUGCCGUAGAAACAGAAAACAGAACAGUGUUGAGGUAGAUGAACUCCCCAGAUCUCCAUUAUAUACAGCCCCAUCUCCCCCACCCCCAGAUCUCGAGAGUCGAGACAGCGGGGCAGAAAUGGAAAGUUCGCAUAGUAGUGAUGCGACAGACUUUGCGCAUGCAUUAACAGAUCGUACAAUCCAGCCUCACCCACCGUAUCUCGGGACACCAUUCACUGAUCAAACACUCGACAUAAAACCGGAGAAUCAAUCCAUAUUCACCAGUAUCGCAAUAUCAAUGGAGGCUUAGUGGAGCUCAUAAUACAAAAUCAUGGCCAUGUUUUUCAAAUGGAAAAUGGAAUAGAAAAGAUAGGAACUGGAGAGAAAAUAUUUGAAGAUAUAUGAUGUAAACUCUCCAAAUUGCAUGGAAAUUCCAAAAUUUGAAGCGCGUUGUUCAAAUUUUAGAGAAAAAAUAACGAAACAGAUGACCAGAAACACGAUUUGAGAGCUCAGAAAAUAUAUACUAAGCUUCAAAAAUUCACAGCUGAACAUACAUUUAUU